AUGGCAAAGAUCAAUGUGACUGACAUGACCCCCUCCGUAUUCAUCCUGAACGGCAUCCCAGGUUUGGAAGAAGCUCACCUCUGGAUCUCCAUCCCAUUCUGCUCCAUGUACAUCAUUGCCAUGGUGGGGAAUUGCGGUCUUCUCUACCUCAUCCGGAUUGAGGACGCUCUCCACAAGCCCAUGUACUACUUCCUCUCCAUGCUCUCCCUCACUGAUAUUGGGCUGGUCACAUCCAUGGUGCCCAAGGCAAUGUGCAUCUUCUGGUUCAAAAUGAAAAAGAUCAGCUUCAAUGCCUGCCUAACCCAGAUGUUUUUCGUCCACACCUUCACAGGGAUGGAGUCUGGUGUGCUCAUGCUCAUGUCCUUGGACCGCUAUCUGGCCAUAUGUUACCCCCUGAGGUAUGCCUCCAUCCUGACCAACCCUGUUAUCACCACAGCGGGGGUGGUCACCUUCCUCAGGGGGGUGAUGGUGAUCAUACCUGUUGUUGUCUUUACCAAGCGACUGCCGUACUGCCAUCACACCAACAUCAUCCCUCACACCUAUUGCGACCACAUGUCUGUGGUGAAGCUGGCCUGUGCCAGUAUCAGGGUUGAUGCCAUCUAUGGCUUGGUAGCUGCCCUGGUGAUUGGGGGCUUUGACAUAUUCUGCAUCUCUGUCUCCUAUGCAAUGAUCCUCAGGGCUGUGGUCUCUUCCAAGGAAGCACGCAGCAAGGCCUUCAGCACCUGCACGGCCCACAUCUGUGCCAUUAUCACCAGCUACACACCAGCAUUAUUCAGCAUCCUCGCACAUCGCUUUGGAAGCCAUCACAUCACAGCACACACUCAUAUCCUUAUAGCCAACCUCUAUCUGCUCCUGCCUCCCAUGCUCAACACCAUCGUUUAUGGGGUGAAAACCAAGCAGAUUCGGGAAAGUGUCCUGAAGCUGUUUAGUGGGGGAAAGGCUGGUUCAUCUCCUGGUGCCUGA